AUGACAAAGGAUACUGACUCCCCUCCUCCACCACCACCGCCUACGACGGAGUUUCACCCUGCUUUGGCGGUAAAUAAUAUAAAGAAUGCAAUUCCACUUGUUCUUGACUAUGAGAAAGUCCAAUACUCCAAUUGGGUGGAGUUAUUUGAGAAUCAUGCUUGUGCGUAUAAUGUGUUAGAUCACAUUGACCCAACCGUAUCCCGUCCAACUGAUGUUUUGGAUGCCUUGUGGAAGCGUCUUGAUGCAAUUGUUAAACAAUGGAUUUACGGCACAAUCUCAACCGAACUUCUCAACACGAUUUUGGCACCAAAAUCGACUGCACAGAACCUUUGGGAUCGAAUUAAAGAAAUCUUUCAAGAUAACAAAAAUACUAGGGCCGUAUAUCUUGAAAAUCAGUUUAAUUUACUUCACAUUAGCAAUUUUUCUAAUGUCACUGCUUAUUGUCAACAGCAAGACAAACCGAGCCAUUACCGUCCUUCAAUACUGCCAGGUCUCGCCUUCUUCUUGAAGAAUCGCGCCGAGCCAACGACCAAGGUCAACCGCAACAAACAUCCUUUGUCGCACAACAAGACUCAGACACUUCACAAUUGCAGCCCUCAUCUCAGCCCGGCCGUGGCUCAGGUGACAGAGGCAGCGGUGGGCGUGGCGGUCGCACAGGGUGGCAAAAGCGGCGGAGGAAAUGGACGAGGUAAGGGUCGUGAGACUAGCAACAAUAACAAGUCAGCUAAUAAUUCCACUCAACAGCAGAAUCAAUUGCAAAACAAUAAUGGGGCUUCUUCUAAUGGGCAGACCUGGGCUCAGCAGCCCCCUUGGCCCAAUCCGCAUCAGAUUUUUUGGCAGCCUCAAGGUUGGGCCGUACCACCUGCUCCAUUCCCAACCAAUGGGGCCUAUCAGGUUCGGCCCAAUGCUGGUCCAUCACGUGGCUUAUACUCCCAGCAGGCUUAUACAAUCGAUCAACCACAAUAUGGCCCAUCAAUGACACCCACGGAGUUCAACAGUACUUACUCUUCUAUGAAUUUCCCAAAUCCGGAAAACGGAUGGUACAUGGACUCCGGAGCUACGUCUCAUAUGACAAACAAUGCCGGUACACUUCUACCCUUUUUUAAUUUAAGCACUAAUUAUCAUAUUUUAGUAGGUAAUGGUCACCGCAUUCUAAUUACUGGUUAUGGUCAUACCACCCUCCUUAAUAAUAAUUCCCUUAACCUUAAAAAUUUUCUUCUUGCACCUCAAAUUAUUAAGAAUUUAAUUUCUGUCCGUAGAUUUACUUCUGAUAAUAAGGUGUCUAUAGAAUUUGACCCUAAUGGUUUUACUGUGAAGGAUCUUCGCACGGCGAGGGUAAUAACGAGAUGCAAUAAUACCGGCGACCUCUAUCCUAUCACCUCAAGCUCACCAAGCACUUGCCUAGCCACCACCCUCACUGCAGUCACCCCAUGGCAUGAUCGUUUAGGACAUCCCGGAGUCUCUUCUUUAAGUUUUCUUAGGAGCAAUAAUUUAAUUUCUUGUAAUAAGGACCAUGGUUCAUCUUUUUGCAAUUCUUGUCAAAUAGGAAAACAUGUUAGACUACCUUUUUAUGAUUCAAAUAAUAAUACUUUCUUUGCUUUUGACAUUAUUCAUGCUGAUUUAUGGACUUCUUCUAUUCGAAGCACAAAGCUCGUCUUGUAUGUGAUGGCAAAUCGCAGGAAAUUGGUUGUGGAUUGUGAUGAGACCUUUAGUCCGGUAGUGAAACUGGCCACUAUUCGCACAGUUCUUUGUUUAGCUAUGGCUAAGAAAUGGUCGAUACAUAAAUUAGACGUCAAAAAUGCCUUUUUAUAUGGUGAUUUGCAGGAAACUGUUUACAUGCAUCAACCUCCAGGUUUUGUUGAUCGGAGGGCUCCAUCUCAUCUUUGUGAUGGCAAAUCACCAUGCCUAGGCCUACGGGGGUGA